CGAGAUGGUUGCCGUCAAGAAACUGCGAGACCCGGCCGAGACCGACAUCAAACACCUCAGGAAACUCAACCAUGACAACAUAGUUCGCUUCCGCGGCGUAGUCACCAAGCCGCCCACAUACUGCGUGGUGAUGGAAUACUGCCAGUACGGGCCGCUGUUCGAGUUCCUGCACAGUGGCUCCCUCUUCGCGCCCAAACAGAUACUAAAGUGGGCCAAGGAGAUAGCCAACGGCAUGGCCUACUUGCACAGCCACAAGAUUAUACACAGGGAUCUUAAAAGUCCAAACAUCCUCAUAGCAGACAACCUAGUAGUCAAAGUGUCGGACUUCGGUACAUCGCGCGAAUGGAACGACGUGAGCGCCAUAAUGUCCUUCACCGGGACGGUGGCGUGGAUGGCGCCAGAGGUGAUCCGCCACGAACCGUGUUCGGAGCGAGUCGACGUCUGGUCCUUCGGCGUGGUCCUAUGGGAGCUCCUCACGCAGGAGAUACCCUACAAGAGCAUGGAGACGCACGCCAUAAUGUGGGGCGUCGGCACCGACACCAUCUCCCUGCCCGUGCCCGCCACGGUGCCCGACAGCAUGCAGCUGCUGCUCACCCAGUGCUGGAACAGGACGCCCAAGAACAGGCCGCCGUUCAAGAUAAUCGCCGCGCACCUAGAGAUUGCCGGCGACGAGUUCGCAGAAAUCCACCAGGAGACGUUCAGCGUCACGCAGCAGUCUUGGAAGAAGGAAGUACAGGAGGGCAUGGCGCAACUCUACACCAAGAGCGAGAAGCCAGCCGACGUGCAAGAAACAGCCACCAGGAAAGAGGAAUUGAAACACGCGAGAGACAUCAGACAGGUUUAUGAGAAGCAGCUGGCGCGAGCGAACGAGCUGUACAUGGAGGCGUGCGCCGUUAAACUACAGCUGGAGCAAAGAGAAGCCGCUCUUACGGAGCGCGAGAAAGCCCUAAAAUUCUGCCGCUGCGGCGUUCGGAAGCUAGCCCUCCACCGCCAAAGUUCCACCUCAUCCGACGGCAAGUGCCGCGAGCCAGUGCACAGGCGGCCGCGGAAGCGAGACACCGUCAUCACCCAGGAGCAACAGAAGACCAACACCAUACUGCUGACCGACGGAGACAAGUUCUCCUCAAUCGUGGACGGCGUCAAAAACAACAACCCAGUGAAGGAGACCGUCGACACAGUGGUCGAGACGAACGGGAACGUCGAGCUGAAAGACGUUAUCAACGACAACUACAUAGACGAGGUGGCUGCUCAAGUCUAAAUAGCUAAUGGACGAUUCUUAAGAAAUAUCCGACACCUGAUUCUCACAAAAAUUGGUGUUUUUAACCUCAUUUUAGUUGGAAUCGACGGUAUUCACCAAAAAAAGAUCUGUCCAGCGUGCAGAGCCGAAUGGUACAAACGCUCACGAAACGCUCGUAGAUAUCUAUCUCUAUCGCUCGUGCGUAUUGGCGCGACAGAGCCAGACUACCUUUCGCGCCGUUUCGUUUC